CACCAGGACUAGGGCGCGGCGGUCUUGUUUCGUGACAUUAUCCGCAUCGUGAAAACUUCGCUGUCCCGCCAAUGAGUUGUGAUUCCGAGUAAAGCGGCCACUGAAAAUUCAAUAGCGAUUGUUAUCGGUUCUUUUCAAAAUAAAGCUAUUCAAUAUGACAAAAAUUUCAGCGGCGUUUCUAAAACAGUUAUGGUUGACUUUCGGAGCAUCCUUGGCGUUUCUCAUCAUUGGUUUGGUUCGAGGGUAUUCGGCCUCUGCCAUUCCCUCUAUAGAGGCGAUCGAUCCAGAGCUCAUACAGCAUAGUGAGCAAAAGUCAUGGAUAGGUGCGAUCCCACCAUUAGGAGCGUUCCUGGGUAGUAUGUGUUCUGGGCCAUUAAUGCAACGGGCUGGAAGGCGCCGCACCUUACAACUCGCUGCGCCCUUGUGGGCUGCCGGCUGGCUGAUACUGGGCUUUGCGCCCAACUUCCCCAUCGUGCUCUUGGGGAGAAUUAUAUCGGGGCUGUGUGUUGGCUUCGUGCUGGCUCCUGCUCAAGUAUACGUGAGUGAGUGCUGUGAUCCAGAAAUUCGUGGGCGACUUGGGUCCUUGCCUACAUUAUCCAUGUCCAUGGGCAUCCUCAUAUCGUAUAUUGCUGGCAACUGGCUAUAUUGGAGGUCUUUAGCAUUUCUCUCGGCUACAUUUUGUGGUGCUCUUUUCGUAAUACUAAUCCCGUUACCAGAAUCCCCAGUGUGGCUAAAAACUCAAGGUCUGGACGACGAACAAGCAAUAAAAUGGCUGCAUCUCUCAAAACACGCUGUUGCCACUGUUAAAGAUGAUACUGACGAGUGAGUAGUACUCUAAUACCCGUGCGUUUCCAGGAAGCCCGUGGAAGCGGUACCGAAGAGUUUAUUCACGCGGGAGGUAUUCUUUUCGUCGGUGGUGAUAAAGCCGCUGAUCGUCGGUUUCGCACUGCUGUUCUUUCAACAGUUCAGCGGUAUCGACGCUGUUAUAUUCUUCACUAUUGAGAUAUUCCAGAAUGCUGGUAGCAAGCUCAAUGCAAUGACAGCAACAAUAAUAGUAGGCGCAGUACAGUUGUUCAGCAACGGGAUAAGCACAAUGUUGGUAGAUAGAGCCGGCAGAAGGCCACUCUUGUUGCUCUCCGCCGUUACCAUGUGCCUUUCUAUGGUAUCUAUGGGAGUUGCAUUCUACUUCGAGUUUGAACACGAGUCGUGGUUAGGGUAUCUGCCAAUAGUAAGUCUCGUGGUGUUCAUGUUGGGUUUCUCGCUGGGUUUCGGCGGGCUGCCCUUCUUGCUGCUGGGCGAGCUGUUCCCCACGCACUACCGCUCGCAGCUCUCGGCUAUGGCGAGCGCUGUCAACUUGUUGUCCAUGUUCACUGUUAUCAAGUCAUACCAUGCUUUGGAGCACGUGUUAACAUCAGCUGGAACAUUCUGGAUGUACGCUAGUUUCUGCGCAGUUUCCUUCUUCUUCGUUCUAUUCGCGGUUCCAGAAACGAAAGGCAAGUCUUUGGCCGAAAUAGAACAACACUUCAGAGGUAAGAAGAACAGGGAUAUCGACUUGCAAAACGUACAAACUAAGUUUUAGUUCCUGUAUCGUAUAUGUGCGCUGAGUUGUUUUAGAC